AUGUCCAUCUCAGCGUCUCAGUGGGGUUCGCCUACCGCUUCUAGGCGGGCUCUUCUCAUUCAUGGCAUGACCAUGUCCUCACAAUCAUGGGAGGGCAUCGCUCAGCUAUUAGUAGCAGAUGGGUUCUUCGUCGUUGCUCCGAAUCUCCUCGGGCAUGCAUGGAGACAGAGCACCGACUAUCGUGUAUCCAACAUUGCAGAGGACCUCCGACCGUAUCUCGCCAUGGACCAAUUCUACGACGUAAUCAUUGGUCACUCAUUUGGAGGCCCAGUGACCUUAGCGCUCUUGCCAUUUUUGCCCAAGACGCAUAACACCAAAGUCAUACUCCUCGAUCCUGCCCUCGAGAUGACAGAGGAGAAAAUAAAAAUAAACACACAAUUACUUUUAAACGAGAUGGCGAGAAUCAGAACUCCUGAAGAGCAUAUGGCUGAAAAUCCUGCUUGGUCACGACGUGACAGCGAAUUAAGAGUGCUGGGGAUGACCAUGUACGAUCGCGCUGGUGUCGAGAUGUUUCUGCAAAACACACCGUGGUCCUUCAGUGGGCUGAUCAAGGACAUUCCACCUAAUGUUAAGAUCACCUUACUGGUAUCAGACCCAAAAUUCAACAAUAUAUUGGAUCACAUUCCUCGUGGCAUGGAGGGAUUAAAUAUCAAAGUUCUUACUGGAAUUGGUCACUGGAUUCAAUACGAGCUUCCGCAUGCUAUCAUGGAUGAAAUUCCCUUAGCGAGGGCGAAAUUGUAG